AAGAAAAAACAGAGGGGGUCCCCAUUUGUCAUUUGGAGGUCCAACAAUGGCGACUUCACCCCAUUGCCAUGGCUCCCACCUUCUUCUUCUUCUUCUUCUUCUUCUUCUCUCUCUCUCUCUCUCUUAGUACAAUUUCCGUGCUCUCUCCAUAAAUACCCAACUCUAUAUUCCCAAUCCCUUUCCAAAUCGGACCCGAAAAACCUCCCCCAAAAAUGGCCAUUCCCAAACCCACCGCCCUCAAGCAAAUCGUCAAGCGCUGCUCCAGUCUAGGCCGAAAACAAGAUCCCACAGCCACUCCCCCGGCCUACGACGGCGUUCCCAAGGGACAUUUCGCCGUCUAUGUCGGCCAAAAUCGGAGCCGAUAUGUCGUCCCCAUCUCGCUCUUGACUCACCCCGAUUUCCAAUGCCUUCUCCGCCUUGCAGAGGAGGAAUUCGGGUUUCGCCACCAUAUGGGCCUUACUAUUCCUUGUGAAGAGGUGGUUUUCCGGUCACUCACCGCCGCUCUCAAAUGAACCCACCACCCCCCCAAAUUGCACACAUUCCUCUUCAUUUUUUUUUUUAAAUUGUAAUUUUAGUAUUGAAUUUUUUUUUUACCCUUUUUGAUUUGGGUUGAAUUUUUUUUACCCUUUUUGUUGGGUAUUUUUUUUGGUGGUAUGAUGACUACUUUUGACUUGAUGAACCAAACUCCAAACUCCAAAGAAAAAGGGGUAAAAUGGGGUUUGUGUAUUAUUAUUGUAUAAAUAUUUACUAGUGUCAUGGCAUGUGAGAUUUUCCUCAUAGUGGUGGAAAUAUUGGUUCCUUUACACACACCCUAUGAGAGAUGUAUUCUAUAUUUACAAAUCCAAAUCUCUACAAAUUUCUUUCUCUUUUAA